GUGCAAGGGAGAGGAGAAAUGUUCUGCGUUGGCAAGAAGAAAUCGAUUUUUGUGCUGAGUUCAAUACUGAUGGCCUCGCUCUUUGGGGCCGUGGUCCGGUACACAAACCACAUCUCAUCGCUGCUUCUUCAGUCUUACCCUGACCAGGAUGGGAUUUUAAGCACAGCAAGAGCGUUCACACAUACCACCAUCAGCCAGCAGCCCCGCGACCUCCUUGGCUACAUCAGUGUCACAACGCAGCAGCCUCUCCGCCUGCACUGUGACCUUUGCAGCAUUGUGUCCAGCUCCGGACAGAUUCUUGGCCAGAAGGCCGGCAAGCUGAUUGACCAGUCGCCCUGCGUGUGGAGAAUGAACAAUGCACCCACGCUGGGGUUUGAGUCCGACGUUGGCACCAGGACAACUGUCAGGGUGGUGUCCCACACCAGCUUACCACUCCUAAUACAGAAGCAGCAGUAUUACUUCGUAGAAGCCAAUGAGACCAUCUACGUUAUCUGGGGUCCCUAUCGGAAGAUGCGGCAAGAUGGACAAGGGCCCACAUACAACGAGUUACAGAAGCUGGCCAGAAAGUUCCCCCACGCCAAGAUCUACAUGACCACACAGGAACGAAUGAAGUACUGCGACAGGAUCUUCGAGCAGGAAACAGGAAAGGACAGGUUAUUGUCAGGUACAUACCUGAGUACUGGCUGGUUCACACUCGUGCUUGCAAUGGAAGUCUGCCCUAAAAUCCAUAUCUUUGGAAUGAUUAAUGAUGCUUAUUGCAGUCUUCACAGGGCCAGUGGACGCAAAAAAAUUCCUUAUCAUUACUAUGAACCUGGGAGUCAAGACGAAUGCGCAGAGUAUGUCAGGCACGAAAAAGCCCUCCGUGGAGGUCACAGAUUCAUUACCGAGAAAGCCAUCUUCGCCAAGUGGGCCAAACAUCAUAAUAUAACCUUCUCACACCCAUCUAGUGAACUCUCUGACACAGGCGCACAAACUCGGAAGGAGGACUGAAUAUUCCAAGAUGCGUUUAGAAGGAAGACAUUGCCACUAAUCUGUUUACUGUGGAAAACAUUGCUCCUCCACUCUUUGAUUGUGCAGUGAAUGCAUAUGGAUUUUAACACAAACUUCUGCACCAUCCCAGAAGGAAGAAAGAGCAAGUAGUUAAGUAUUUAAAGCAUUAAGUGUUUCACAAAUGUACUAGUGUACAUUUAAUGGACACAUAUUAAUCUGGCACUGUGUGUUGAAAAGUAGCACUUUAACACUUUGGCAAUGGAAGACUCAACAAUUUUUAACCAGUGCUCUGGAUUUUAAGUGGAGUGUUACCAGGCCUUGUGACUCCACCCCCUCAUCCACUGCUCAUUCAGGAAGAUCAGGUGGUCUGACAAGAAAUACCGAAAGAUUUGUUGGAGUUCAAUCAUAGCAUCAAAAUCAGAAAGGAAACAGCAGUUAAUCUGGCAACAUCUUCAUGUAACAGGCCAUUGAUAAUGUCGACAAUGGAAAGUUGCUCACUUCCUGAAGUGCUAAAACCCCUCUCCAGCACUGACAAGUCACGAGUUAGGAAAAUGUAUGUAUCAUUAUCAACAUUCAAGAAGUACUCGAGCUCUCAGGAAGAAGCUUGAUUGACAAUCCAUCUACCGUCUAAAAUGUAGAAAAUAAGAGCGGAGUAGGCCAAUCAGCCUAUGAAUCUGCACUGCUAUUCGAAGCUAUCAGUGCCCAAUCACCUAUCUCAAUAACAUGCUCACACUCUUUCCCAAUACCCCUUGCUGCUUUUUUUGUUGAGAAAUCUACCUACUCUGAAAUUCAUUGCCAUGGACAGCUGUAGAGGUCAAGUCAUUGGGUAUAUUUAAAGCAGAGGUUGAUAGGUUCUUGAUUAAUAAGGGUGUCAGUGAUUAUGGGGAGAAGGCAAGAGAAUGGAGUUGAAACAGACGUUAAGUCAGCCAUGAUCGAGUGGCAGAGCAGACUCGAUGGGCCAAAUGGCCUAAUACUUCUCUGAUGUUUUAUGGUCUUACGAUCUACUUCUUAAAUAUAUUCAGUGUCUUUUCCUACACCACAGGUUCACCAUCUGCUGAAUGAAGGAAUCUCACCUCAUCUCCAUCCAAAUUAUUCUGAGACACUGCCAUCUCAUUUCAGAACCACUAUUCACCACCGCACCACACAGCCGGAGAAACAUUCUCCUUGUAUCCACUCUUGUCUAAUCAAUGUAACAUUUCACUGAGGGUUCCUCUUACUCUUCUACACUCUGGUGAACUCAAUGUCUCUUUAUACAAUAAUCCCUCCAGCAAUCCCUCUGGUGAAACUCCACUCAGCUUUCUACCCUCAUUAAGUGGUUGGUUGGUCGUCCGUCGUGUUGGUGACAGUGAAGAAAACUGUGCAGGAGAAAUAAAGUGGGAAAACCAUUGCACUGGGGCAGCUUCACUCUCUUGACAUUGGAAGUCUAGGUCCAAUGGCCCCGUAACUGUGUCUGACUUGGCUGCAGUGGAUGACCAUGUGCCUCAUCAUGCCCUUCUCCCUCCAUGAGGCAGUGCGGAACCAUCUUCCUGGACAUUGGAUCUAUCUUUUGAUCUUAUCUGCCCAGUCCACCAGAGCUGACUACACAUGCUGGGACAGCUCAGCCCCCAUCUCACUGGGGUAUGAGGCCUGCUGACUACCCUCGGCUGCUUUAGCCUGCCUCUGCUGGGGUGUGGCCCCUUUUGCAUGUAAGCAGCUACUUGGAGCCACAGGUGAGAGCUGAGUGUCCCGUGGGAACCAAAGGUGAGUGAGCUGCCCCAGAAUGAACACAAGCCCCCUCACCAGAGGUGCCACCCCUUCCUGGACACCCCAUUCACUCCUUUCCUUGGGUAAAGCAGCACACAAUACUCCAGGUGCAUUCUCACUAUGACCCUCUAUUAAUGUAGAAGGACAUCCUUGUUCCUGUACUCAGAGCUUGCAAUAAAUCCAACACACCGUUUACCAUCAAAGGUUGCAAGGACAAGGCAGGAGAAUGGAUUGAGAAGGAUAAUAAAUCAGCCAUGAUUGAAUGGUGGAGAUUACUUGAUCAUCUGAAUGUCCCAAUUCUGCCUCUGUGUCUUAUGAUCUUUUGGUCAAAUUUACUUUUGGUAAUGGGUAUACGAAGACCCAGAAAUCCUUUUGUUUACAUCAACAUUUCCCAAUCUCUCACUAUUUAAAUAAUACACCUGCCUUUCAGUGUUUUUCUACCAAAGUGGAACUUCACAUUUCUCUGUGUUAUACUGCUUCUGCCAUAGAAUUGGCAACUCAUUCAUCUUGAAACCUCUCCUCACAUGCAAUCCCAUCCAGAUUUAUGCCCAUCUGCUAUUUUAGAAUUGUUUUAUUUGGUUCCCUCACUGAGAACAUUAAGAUAUAUUUCAUAGGUUCAUUUUAUUGUCAAAAUAUGCAUGUACAAUACAACUCUUGAUAUUUGUCUUCUCCAGAUAACCAUUAAAUCCAGAAAGACCAUGGGUGCUGAUGAAAAAAAAAGACAUUAACUCCCCGCACCCCCCGCAACCGGCAUGAAAACGAAAAGAAACAAAAUGUGCAGACCCAAAAAUCCCACCCUCACCCGCAGCAAAAAAGAGCCAUAAUAACAAUCCCCAACCCCCCACACAAAACAAUCCCCAACCCCCUCACUUGCAGCAAAGAACAGCAACCGUAACACCAAACCCCCAACCCCCUCUGACACACAAUAAUUAACACAUCACCCACCUGCCAAUUGUCCAAAAGAAAGAAAACACCAAAAGAGCGAGUGAAACCAAUAUACAGUCCAACAAUCACACAAAUCUGAGAAUACGGGAAACGUCUUUUCACCUGCAUACGAGGAGAGCAGCUGCACGGACUCAGUCCUUCCGUGAAGAGUAAUUGCCAACCCGGUUCCUAAUGCUGCCGACCCAGGGCCACAUGCACCAAUCCAGCUGCUGACUGCCUCUGUUGGGAGCUAUCGCUGACCCCAUCCACAUUCACCUCAAUGCUUCAAUCUCCUUUGCUGCUCCAAGAAGGAGUCAUUCAUGAUCCCAUGCCUUGUCUCUGGUCUUUUAUAUUGUUUUCCAGCUGGCUCCCAAACACUGAUCCCUGUGUUACCGCACUGGUUACCAAAGAAUGACCUCGUUCACACCUUGCUGCUGGUCAACCUAUGUUCAAUCCGUAUUACAUCCAAUACCUUAUGUUUUAAUUUUGUGCACUAACCUCAUUUUGUGGGAUUUUAUCCAAAGCCUUCCAGAGCUAUUCUACAAGUUACCUCUUUAGAAAACUCCACCAGUUAUAUUAAACAGAGUAUUCCUUUCAUAAACACAAGUGAUUCUACAGAUGCUGGAAUUCCAGAGCAACACACACAAAGUGCUGGAAGAACACAGCAAGUCAGGCAGCAUAUAUGAAGAGGAAUAAACUGCCGACGUUUUGGGCCAAGACCCUUUAUCAGGACUGAUAUUUUCUAACUAUCCUAUUAUCAUAUCUUUUAUUAAUAGACCAAGCAUUUUCCCUACAGCUGUUGUUAGGCAAAUAGAUCUGUAGUUCCCUGUUCUCUCUUUCCCUCCUUUUACACUUGCCACCACCUAAUUUGCAGGAAUGAUCCCAUAUUCUGUGCAGUAGAUGAUGACAAAUGCAUUCACUAUUCCUAUUCACUAUUCCAUGAUUUCGAUGGCUACUUCUUGUAUUCAUCAAGGGUACGGAUUAUCAGGCCCUGGGAAUGUUCAGUGCCAUUAACUUUUUUAGCACUGUUUUUAAACUAAUACUAAUUUCCUUUAAAUCUCCCUUUCCAUUAGAUCCCUGCAUUCCCCGCAUUUCUGAGAUGCAUUUGUGUUCCCUUCCAUUGAAGACAGAACUAGUGUUUAAUUGCUCUGAUUUUUCUUUGUUCCCCAGUGGAACUUUUCGUUUUUCUAACUGUAAGGGACUGACAUUUGUCUUCACAAAUCUUUUCCUUUUUACUUCCCUCUAGAAGCUUUGACAAACCAUUUUCAUGUGCCUUGUAAGUUUCCUUUCAUGCUCAGUUUCUCCUCACUUAAUCAACCUCUUGGACCUUUUUUUUUAUUGAAGUUUAAACUGAUCUCAAUGCUCCAACCAGCUAUUGUUUUCUGGCCCAUUUGUAUGAUGCCUCUUUAUAUCUAAUAUAAUCAACAGUUUUAGAAACUAUGACUGCCUUGCUUCAUCUUUUGUAUUUUUGCAUCAGAAAAGUAUAUUUAAAUGUUACAGUUCUGGUGUUUAUUCUUUGGCAUCAAAAGGUUCUGAUUCUAAUUGUACAUCGUGGAAACAGGCCCCUCAUCCCCACGCAAAUUCAGAUUUAUUUAUCAUAUGUCCACGUUAACACACAGUGAAAUGCACCAGUUACAUUAACAACCAACACUCCCAAGGAUGUGUUGGGGGCAGCCUGCAAGUUUGGACCCUGAACUCUGGGCUCACUGGCUCCAAUGCCUCAUUCUCACACAGAUGUCCUUUCCUGGGACAAACGUCCUUCGUGUCCUUCGUCACCUGUCCAACUCAAUGCUGACCAAGCAGUCUAAAAAUUAAAAGUAAAUUUAUCACCUAAGUAUGUAUAUGUCACCAUUUGCUGCCAUGAGUUUCAUUUCCUCAGAAGCAUUCUCGGUAGAACAAAGAAAUACAAUAGAAUCGAUGAAAAGCUACACACUGGCAAACAACCAAUGUGCUAGUCAAAUUGUGCAAAUACAAAAAUAAAUGAACAAACAAAUCAAAGCAAUAAAUAAAGCAUACUGAGAACGUGAGUUGUGGAGUCCUUGAAUGUCAGUGCAUAGGCUGUGAUCAAUGAUCAGUUCAGUGUCGAGGUGAGUGAAAUUAUCCAUGCUGGUUCAGGAGCCUGAUGGUUGAAGGGUAAGAACUAUUUUGAUCAAUGUUCAUGUAUUUUAAUUAAUUUUUCCAAUCUGUCGUUGCCAACACACUCUUUUGACUAAAUCUAGGACCUUUGUUUAGGUUUAAACUACUUCAUUUUCACUUCCAACAUGUUGUAGUCUCUCUUCCCUAAAGGAUUUGCAUAAUAAGAUUAUUAACUCACCCAUUCUCCGUGUUCAGUACCCACUCUAGGACAGCAUAUUCCCAGCUGGCUCCUUAAUGUACAAAUGUACU